AGGGAGAUCCAGGCAGCAAGCGGAGAAUGGAUGAACGAGUUCGUGCGAAGACCAAGCAGGAGAAGAGACAAUAGGGUAUACGUACCUGCAGCAGACAUCAUCAAAAGGACUAUUCGGCGGUCCUGGACUAUAUCAAAUCCCACACCUCGCUGGUGGGCAGUCCGCGGGUCUCCAGAAUUCCGGCCAUACAGCAGCCUGCCCAGAGACCAGGAUGCAAACGAUUAUCCCACACUGGCGAACCUGAGGUACAAGCAGAGGUCGGCAUCAAACGCCGUACCUCCUUCACCGACCUUCGGUAGGAGGUCGCCAACGAGAAGGACCCAGUCUGAGGACAUUUAUAACGAGCGAGGUGCUUCCCCUAACCUAUCAGAGUGCUCAAACGAGAGACCAGUCAGGAUGAAUCCCCUGAUGAAGUAUGCUGAUAGCAGAAGAACCUCUCCAAAACGAAGAUUAAAGAGCGACAGUAGCGGAGAAGGAAGCAUCAAGGAAGACGGAACUGAAUACGACAAAGGUUUUCUAACUCCGGAACCAAUCCGCAAGCAGCACUCCGGUGGUUCCGGUGGUAGCAUAGAAAAGCGAGUCAGUUUUGAGAAUUGUGUCGACAAGUUCAAUAGCAAUACGUUGUCUCCAACUCCAGGACCGAACGACAGAUCAAUGCUUCGUAGCAGAUCCCUAAACGAAGGCAGGCGAAGAGAACGUAAGGUACCACCUCCAGGUUCAAAAUCACUGGGCGACGAACAUCAGUCUGACCAUUCCGAAGAGGUAAGAGUUCCUUAG